GCCCCGACAAGAACUAACGAUAUUAAUUCGUUAAGUGAAACAAAAGACAGCAUCAAAUAACGGCUGCUGGGCGUGCGGCACUAUUAGGAAAGACAGAUAUGCUGUCUCCCUCGCCGUUGAAGCCCUCCGCUCCAUCAGCGUCACUCCUCCGAUUUCUGCGCUCUCAAACCGAUUAUUUCACAGCCAAUCCGUCAACAUGCCUCCGUUCUACAACAUGCUCCAAAGGUCGACCAUCGCGCGCCUGGAGAACAUCAAAUUGGACAAACCUUGACCCUGUGCCAUGUAGAGCAACAGUCGAAGCAAACCUUUUCGCCAUCCCGAACCUCUCGACCAAAAAGCAUACUUCUUCGCGAGAUCGAUGCGCACUCGACAAGGAAGAACCAAUCCAACUAUCACUUUCGCCUCUUAACCCUUCGUCUUCACGAGCUGCGUCGACAAAGAGCCGACCGCUACUGCGCAGGCUUUUUGAUCUGAGGCGUAGCAAAGAAUCGGACACCAAAGGGAAAUCCAACCGAUCUGGGCCCGCGCUGAUCGACGACGGGACAGAGUCGAGUUUCAAUAUUGGGCGCGGAUUAGUAUCCAAGGCGACAAAUGAAUUGCGAUUGCGAUGCACCGAGUUUGAUAAUAAUGGGAAUGUCACGCUUGUCAACGGGGAGUUCAGGAAAAGUGAAUUGAUCGCGAAAUACGGUUUACUUCCUCGAGAUCUUCGCAAAAUCGAUUCCUCGACCCUGCCCCACAUCCUUGUCCGGCCGAGCGCUAUCCUCAUCAAUCUCUUGCAUCUUCGAGUCCUGAUCAAAGCUGAUCGGGUUCUUGUGUUUGACGCCUAUGGAUCGACAGACUCUUACAUGCAAUCGUUGUUCGUUUACGACCUGGAGGGGAAACUUCGACAGAAGCAGGCCCAAAGUGCAGGUGCCCUACCCUAUGAAUUCCGCGCCCUGGAGGCGGUAUUGAUCAGCGUUACUGCCGGGUUAGAAGAAGAGUUCAAUGGCGUCAGAGACCCGGUUGUGCGGGUUCUUCGAGCUUUGGAAGAGGAUAUUGAUCGGGACAAGCUGCGUCACCUUCUGAUCUAUUCCAAGAGGCUGGGUACCUUUGAACAGAAAGCAAGGCUAGUCCGAGACGCUAUUGACGAUCUCCUGGAGGCAGAUGAUGAUUUGACUUCCAUGUAUUUGACCGAGAGAUCUCAAGGAAUGCAGCGAACAGAUGAUGAUCACCAAGAAGUUGAGAUGCUGCUCGAGUCAUACCACAAGGUCUGUGAUGAAAUUGUCCAGGCUAGCGGCAACUUGGUUACUGGUAUUCGGAACACUGAGGAAGUUGUCAAAGCGAUUCUCGACGCAAACCGCAACUCCCUCAUGCUUCUCGAUCUCAAGUUCAGCAUCGGUACACUCGGUCUGGCCACCGGAACCCUCUACGCCGGUCUCUACGGAAUGAACUUGAAGAACUUCAUCGAAGAAUCCGACUUUGGUUUUGGCGGUGUCUCCGUGACCUGCUUCGCAAUCACCGCAGUCGUCUGCGUCUACGGACUCCACAAGCUCCGCAAGCUCCAACGCGUCCGGAUGUGGGGUGAAUCCGGCGUUGGGGGAGCCCCCAUCGCACCUCUCGCCAGCAGUGUCGGCCACCGGUCCAACUGGCGAGCCGACUCGAUCGAACCGGUCUGGGGCAGCUACCCCGGUGAAGGACGGGUUGAAAGAAUCAAGCGUCUUAAGGAAGGUGCCGCUGCGACUGCUGCUAAAUCGGCUGCGUCUGAUGCGACAGCAACCAAAGCGUCGGAUAUCAUGAAUAAGAUGGAGUACACGAGACGUGUUCGCGAAGAUGCCUCGACGCACGGGUCGACGGAGCACUAUCCCUCUCGUGACAGAGAUCACAAGGGUUCCUCUUCCUCUUGAGAGGUUGUCUACUUCCUCCUUUUACCUUUAUUUUGUGAUACCAUCAUGCAAACCAUUACAACAUCCAAGGCAAUUCCCGUCAUGAACCUGGGCAAAUUGUCUUGAGAAAAGCUACAUACCUUUCCUUCUCAUUUCUUGUUUGGAGUCACUCGACUAUAGAAGGCGUUUAAUCUGGGGUUUUUGAAUAUGAUCGGUGAGUGGGGGUAGCAUAACAUUGUUCUCAUAAUCUUAUCUCACUUGCGAGUUAUGCUACCUUCAUGCCUGUAUGAUUAGAGCUCCCAUCUCCUUUCCAUUUGGUUGCGUUUUGAAUCUCGAGGAUUCGAAAGCAACAGAGAACACGGCCCAAUUUGACCUGGUUUGGCCUCAAUCUCUGAGAAAGCUACGGGAGAAACGGUAUUAAUGGAUCUCCCUGUAUGUAUGUACUUAUACGAGAAAAUAUCAUGACCCUUCUUCAGAA